AUGCUCAAUCUCAGGGCGCAAGCGAUCGCCCUCAGCCUCAUGAUCUCCCUGGGAGCGGCUGAUACGGCUGGCUUGGGCCUCGGAGAGAUCGAUCUUAUUUUCCCACGACACGACACCUUUGCCCCGAUGACGAUCACGCCCAUCGUCUUUGGGAUUCAGAAUCCUGCCGUAAUUGAUGGACUCUAUCCAACUCUGAGUUACGGCCUCUGGUCGGCAGAUACCCCGCCAAACAAUCAAACUCACAUGACCUAUCUGGCCGAGGAGCACUUGCUGAAUAAAACGGGCCCAGUGUCAUUCAUAAUCGAUAGUAUAGCCAACACCCUCAAUACCGAGAACGAAUGGCGUUUCGUCUGGAAACUGAGAUGGACGAACUGUUCGAUGCCGUCUAAUGGGACCACUUCCGAGAAUGGCCGCGGGCUAGUCGACACAGACGAAUUCUCCUGGAGGCCUUAUGACGUUGCCCAUUCCGUUCUGUUCACUACGAAAAAAGGGGCAAAUCAGCUCAACCUCACCACUCUCAACGACAAGUGCGAUAAUACCCAGGCCACGGCGUUCUACACCACUAAAACUUUGAAAGCACCACCAAGUAAUCUUUGGGGCGAAAAGUGUGCUGUCCUCAAGAGUCCAUCGCCGACUCCUGCUCCUUGCAAGGCUAGCAUUGCGCCCGCGGCUGCCUCAAGCAUCUCGUCUUCCCUUACGGCUAGAUAUUGCAUGGACCCUACCCCUGUCAUAAGCUGUCCAGCCAAGAAGGGUGGGGCUUCUAUCAACACGGUUGGCUCUGACUUCUCAUGGUGCUUAAUGGGUGCAUUGCUUGUCGGAAAGCUCUUCAUUUAG